AAAAGUAGUAAGUUACUAGCUAAUUCGAUAUUGUAUUUUAAGUGGUUCACAAAUAGUUGUUUUAUAUAAGUAAUCUGAUGUUUUAAAUUGUUAACUUAUACUAAAGAUCAUUAAAUAGACCACUUCCUAUAUUGGUCCAUUAGACCUUCCCAAAACCCUAAUAUAAACAAAAAUAUUCUUCAAUACCUCCAAAUACCACUUAUAACUUUAGAAAACACAACACACUCACACACACACAAAAUCAAAAUUAAAUCCAUGGAGAAGAUUGGAAGAGAAGCUGUUGAUUACAUGAAUAUGAAGUCUUUCUCUCAACCCCUUAGAAAAAAAUCCAUUAGACUUUUUGGUAAAGAAUUUAGUGUUGGUGAUAGUACUAACAUGUCUGAAUCAACUGAUAAAAAUCCUUUGCAUCAUGAACCUAAACCAAAUACGAUGAGUAUCUCCGCGAAUCGUAUCGAUAAAACAGGUCAUGUUGAUGAAAUCAGCAGGAAAUAUGAAUGUUACUAUUGUUUUAGGAGCUUUCCAACUUCUCAAGCUUUAGGAGGCCAUCAAAAUGCACACAAGAAAGAAAGACAAAAUGCCAAACUAUCUCAUCUUCAGUCUUCAAUAGUGCAUGAGACGAACCGUAAUAGAUUUGGUGAACCAUCCACUGCAGCUACAAGAUUAACUCAUUAUCAUUCAACAUGGAGCAACAUUAACAAUAAUAAUGUUUAUAGUCCUAAUUACAAUGAAGCAUUUUGGCAAAUUCCUCCAACAAUUCAUCAUUAUCAGAAUAAUAUUAAUCCUCCAUCUUCUUUUUCUCAUGACUCAUUUUUUCCUAAUGAUGAAGAGAAGAGGGAAGUACAAAAUCAUGUGAGUUUAGAUUUGCACUUAUAAGGAUCAUAGUUAUAAUUAAUUAAUUAAUUAAUUUGAUUUGCUUUUGAAGAAUGAUUGAAUGUAGUUAUACAUAAAAUCAUUCAUCAUAU